AUGGUUAAAGGAGGCAAUAUUGACUUCGUGAGAUGUGGUAGUGGAGGGAGGAUGAUGAGCAAGGAGACGUUGACAGUGUCUCCAUAUCGCACGAAGACACCGUGGGUGUCUCCAUGUGGGACGGAGACACGGUCGUGUCCAUCAGACCUGGGUUCUUGUGGGAAGGGUGAGAAUGCUUAUCUGGUUUUUGUUGUUUGCAUUUCUAAAUUUAAGAUGCUUGAGAAAAUAAUAGCCAUACAGGGCAGUAAGAAUAUCCUUUUGGAAAGUGGUACCGAAAAGCCCAUAGUUGCUUUCAUUGCUGGACUUACAACUCCACCUGGUCGACGGAUGGGUCAUGCAGGAGGUACCAUAUUGCGACCAAAUUUAAUAAAUUUCAUGCUUGUACUUCUAUCAUCUUGUUUCAUCUCAUUUCCCAUGAACCAUGGAGGAAUGAUCUUUAAUUUCUAUAAAGCACAAGGUCAUGCCAUGGGAUCUUCACUUGUGGAAGAGGACAAGCUUAGUCUUGUUAUAUCACUCAUAGAGAAGGCCAAACANGAGAAGGCCAAGUCCAAGGAAUUGUCUUUCUUUCUACCUUCUGAUGUUGUUGUUCCUGACAAAUUUGCUGCUAAUGCAGACAAGAAGGUUGUUCCAGCAUCUAGGGAUAGUCUGGCUACAGCUAAGAAAUGGGCAAAGCUUAGUAGCAAGGGAGUGACAACAAUCAUUGGAGGCAAUGACUCUGUUGUUUCUAUUGAAAAGGGAGAGAAUGAUGCAGAAUUGGAAUCGGUGGUCCUCAAUUAUUCUCUUUCAAGGCAUAUUGGAGUCACAUCUUCAGCUACUAUUUCUAUUCAGCACACUUUCUUUAGCUCUCAUAAUCAGCAAUCAUGGCGAUAUUGA